GGGCGGAGACUGCCCGCUCCCUCGGCCUGCGCCUCCCGGGCGCUGGCGGAGCGGCUUCGGGGACUCUUCCGGCGGUCGGUGGCGCAUCCCGCGCGGGGCGCCCGCGGAGCCGCGCCUGACCCUUCCCAUGGAUACCAGCCCCCCGAUCCCAGAUCCUGGGGGACCCCGAAGGGAUUUUGCCUCCUCGGCCUCUGAGCUGGGCCCCCCGUCCUUUGAAUGGCUGCUGGGGCGGCUGGGGGCGAGGGGAAAACGCCGGCAGCGCCUUCUGCUGGCCCUCAGCUGCCUGCCCUGCCUCCUCCUGGGCCUCGCCUUGGGCUCGGACACCCUCUUCACUCUCAUCCCUCCGCAUCACUGCGGGGACCCCAAUGGCACCGGGCUGCCCGAGAACGCCACCUGCCACGGCCCCCACUGCCAGUCUGGAGAACUCCCAGUCCUCACCAGCAACCCAGUGACCGAGUGGUCCCUGGAUCAUUCCUGCAGCUGGAGUGUCCCCUUAGAGCAAAUUUGUUUUCUCCUGGGCUUUGCUGCAGGAGCUGUUUUCCUGGGUCACCUGGCAGACAGCGUGGGGCGGCGUAGUACUUUCCUCCUGGCUCUUGCUCUGGGCUGCCCCGCAGGCCUCCUGGCUGCCUUUGCAGCUUCCCCCUCUGUCUUCAUUCUGGGACGAUGCCUUUGGGGCACGAUGCUGGGAGCUAUGCAGCUCGCCCUUUACGCAAGCCGCUUGGAGCUCUGUUGUCCUUCACAGCGGCUAACAGUAGCCAUGGCAGGAGACCUGGUUUUGAUUGGAGGGCAGUUCUUCCUGCUGUGUCUGGCGUUGGCUUGCGGCAGUUGGCGGGUGCUGCAAGGGGUGAUAUCAGCCGGACUGGGGGUUUGCCUGCUGUACGGCUGCCCAGGACUGUACCCUGAAUCACCCCGUUGGCUCUUGGCCACACGUCGAACCGCUCAGGCCAAGGAUGUCUUGCUAGCCCUGUGCCAGGAUGGUAAUGCCCAGGAAUCCGAGACUCGGGAGGCGCUGGAGGAGCUGGACAAUGCUUGUCACCUCCCUGCAGCCGCUCAGAUCUCACUCCACACCCUCCUGUCAUGCAGAAACAUCUGGAAAAACAUUCUGAUCCUUGGCUUUACCACAUUCAUAGCCCAUGCUAUCUGCCACUGCUACCAGCUGGCUUGGGAAUCCCUGGAGGAUCCGCGUGCCAAGUUCUACCUCCCCUUCCUGUUGUCUGCUGGCAGUGCGGGUCUAAGUUGCCUCUUUCUGUGCCUCACCGUAGACCGGUAUGGACGUCGUGGGAUUCUGCUGCUCACCACGACCCUGACUGGCAUCGCCUCUCUUAUCCUGCUGGGCCUGGGAGAAUAUCUCAACAACGCUGCGCGAAGAACGUUUUCCAUUCUCGGCCUCUUCACCUCCCAUGCAGCCGGCUCCCUCAGCAUCUUCUUUGCUGCCGAAGUCAUCCCCACCGUUAUCAGAGGGAAGGGCCUCGGCCUAACGCUGGGCCUGGCUUCUCUCGGAGGGCUGAGCGCCCCGUUGCUCCGCUUGCGAGAGCAGCACGGAUCCUUCCUGGAACACAUUGUGUUGGCUUCCCUCAACAUCCUGGCGCUCCUCUGCCUGAUGCUGCUGCCGGAGAGCAAGCGGAAACCUUUGCCCGAAGGCCUCCAGGACGGAGAACUCUAUAGGCGGCCUUCGCUGCUCCGGCGGGCCGGGGAGUCUGCGGGCCGGGACCCCCAGGGCGUGACGCGGCGUGACGACGUGCCCUUGCUGUCCACCCCGAACCCUGCGAGCUGAUGCCGCUGCCACGGCCAUGCCGGUCUGCCUCGGUGUGGGCUAAUGUGAGGCUCUCCCACCGGGCCGUGGCCGGCCGAGGUGAGGGUUGGCUCGUCAAGCAAACGCAAGGGCUGAAAGGACGCCCGAGGGAUCUCUGCGUGCGCCUUUUCUGCUUCCGAUGUCGCAUGAAAGCAGGAGCUCCGUCUCGGCGGCACCGUUAGCAGAAACCCGAGCAGCGCCGAUCGCUUCUUUAAACGGGCCGACUAGAUCCGCUGCCUUUCCCGAUGCCUUGGGGAUGCAACUCCCAGAAUUCACAGCCGGUCCUCCCACAGUGUCUAGAGAGCAGCAGGGAAACCCGGUGAAGACCGUUGGGGUACCCACCACACGUCAUUCCAGCCUGUGAUUAAAUUUGAAAACUAGGACCAAGCCAGAACCGCAGAUGACUCGCCCACAGACUUUCAAGGAAGUAGAGGCUUUGCAGGAAUCUGAAAACUUUCUCCACGGAAGAGGAUCUUUAUACCCUUUCUACAAACGCACCUCUUGGCAACGGAAAUGCUUUCGGGCUUACGGACUGCUGCAUGCCAAGAAGGAUGCGGCAUCCGAUUUCCUCAGACGAGGGCUGUGUAUGUCUCUGAAAGUGCUUAGCUAGUAGGGCUGUUCCUCCGGUUUUUAAAAUCCCUCACGGAUUUUUAAAGUUCUUCUAGGGACCAUGGGGGUGGGCGGGCAUCAUACUGGGAUAUAAUUAUAUAUAUAAAAUUCCAUUUUCAUUCCUGUUUUACAGAUCUAGGAAAGGGGAGCUAGUGCCAGGAAUCUCUGGAGUAGUUACAGAGGCAAGAUCCAAGUCUUCAGCCUAUGCAUUUGUCCCAUUUCUAAUAACGGUGUCAACGACACACCUCCAUUUGCAAAGGGCUUUCAGGACAUUGGGCCAGUGGCGACCAAAUUCAAAAGUGGAAUCUUUGAAUUCUUUCAAAUGCAUGAUUGCCCCCCCCCACCGCCCCCAAACGAUGACAAGGUCAGACAGCUCUGAUCUUCAGUGCUUUUCUUGGUAGCCAGUGUCUUUCGUCUGGGCACAGAAAACAUCCUGUCAGGGCGCUGGUCGUUUGGCCAGCUUCUCAUUUAAGCAUCUGCAGAACUCCAACCAAGAAUCUUUUAGUCUAGCAAUAUUGGCUCAGCUCUGCAGCGGCAGAGAGAAACGAAGAGAUGGCCGUGUAGGGAGACGGCUUCGGAUAUUUGCUCCCCAUCCCAAUUCUGGGAUACGUGUGCAGUUUCUCGUCCAUUACCAACCAAUUUUUCUGGGCUCAGAAUAAAAGCCAGGUUUUACCACCAACAGGUGGAGAGGGAUGAUCGCUGUAGGAAUGGCACGCAGGGAGGGACCACUCAGGCAGACGCACACGCGUGCGCACACACUACCCCUUCUCCCCAAGGAGUUAAACAUGCAACCCUUCCAGGAGGCUCACAAUAUUUUGGACUGCUUUUUAUCUUAAAGGGGAAUAAAACACUGACUGUUAAUAAGCUAAAUAAAAGGAAAA